AUGGAUGAACGAUGGUGGGAAGGACACCUGGCAUUGGACAUCCACUGUACACUCAGAGAAAAGGAGCUGAAGCUGCCCGUUUACAAAGCCCAAUCCCCACUCCUUGAAAGCCGAAGGUAUUUUGUCGACUUAGUUUCUGUGCUCAGCAACCACUGCAAGAUCUGCCCCACAGCCAGACACCUGGCCGUCUAUCUGCUGGACCUCUUCAUGGAUCGAUACAGCGUGACUGCAAAGCAGCUGCAUAUCGUAGCCAUCGCCUGCCUUUUGCUAGCAAGCAAAUUUGAAGAGAAGGAGGACCGAGUGCCAAAACUGGAACAGAUGAACAGCUUGGGCCUCCUGUGCAGCCACCAACUGGUACUAAGUAAGAAGGAGCUUCUGCAAACGGAGCUGCUCCUCCUAGAGGCCUUUGGCUGGAACCUGUGCAUGCCGACCCCAGCCCACUAUGUGGAUUACUACCUCUUAUUCUCACUCAGUGAGAAGGACCACUGCAACAACCGGCCUAUCUUCUCUUUCUCAAAAACCAAAGGUUUCCUAGAGAAAUACGUCCACUAUUUUCUGGAAGUCUCGUUGCAAGAUCAUAUUUUUCACAACUUCCCACCAUCCAUGGUAGCUGCAGCUUGCAUUUGGGCCUCUAGGAUUUGCCUGCAGCUCUCUCCCACUUGGACCAGAGAUCUUGAGAGAAUAUCACACUAUUCGAUGGAGCAGAUCAGUGCUUGCGUUAAAGUCAUGCUGUUGGCUUUUGACAAUGACUUCAAGGAUGCUAACAAAGUAAAGAACCAGCCACUGGCCCUGCAACCCCACAUGUUGGUGCCAGGCACACAUCAGGCUCCCACCCAGGUGUUGUUCCAACAGCCGGCCUUCCACCAUCCACUCCCCCAGCCAGCAGCCACUCUGUCCCACCUCCAGACCCCCGUGCAAGACUUGUGCUCAGCCUAUCGUGACACCCUGCAGCCCCACCAGUCUGGGAGCCUGCUGUCGGGAAGCAGCGACCCCUCUCUGUACCACCCUUACUCUGCUCUCCAGCCUUCAGCAGUCCAGGCCAUCACCAUCCCAGGACCCCUCCCCAGGCAGAUUGGAGCAGAACCAAGACACUGCAUCUCUAUGGCUUACGGGAGUAGCUACUUCAGCGGACAUCACUCAUUUCCAGCCGGAUGUUUGACAGAUAAAAUAAAGCCGUCCUAAGACUGUGUGUUUGCG